AUGGCUCCAAAAGUUGCAAUUAUUAUCUAUUCCAUGUACCACCACAUUGCCCAAAUGGCAGAAGAAGAAAGGAAGGGGGUUGAACAAGCAGGUGGUCAAGCUGAUAUCUUUCAAGUUCCAGAAACCUUAUCUGAUGACGUUUUGAAAUUAUUACAUGCCCCAGAAAAGCCAGAAUAUCCAAUUGCCACUAAUGAAACCUUGGAACAAUACGAUGCUUUCUUACUCGGUGUUCCAACCAGAUAUGGUAACUACCCAGCUCAAUUCAAGGCUUUCUGGGAUGCUACUGGUGGUUUAUGGGUUAAGGGUGCUCUUGCUGGUAAGGUUGCUGGUAUUUUCGUUUCUACUGGUACCCCAGGUGGUGGUCAAGAAACCACUGUCUUAAACUCUUUAUCUGUUUUGAUUCAUCAUGGUAUUACCUUUGUUCCAUUGGGUUAUGCUAAUGCUUUCCCAUUAUUGACCAAUUUGGAUGAAGUUCAUGGUGGUUCUCCAUACGGUGCUGGUACUUUUGCUGGUGGUGAUGGUUCUAGACAACCUUCUGAAUUGGAAAAGGAAAUUGCCAGAAUUCAAGGUAAGACUUUCUAUGAAACUAUCCAAAAAUUUUAA